AGAUUUGAUUUUGAAAAUAAAAUAUUAAAAGAUUUAACAAAUUUAAAUCCUUCGAAAGCAGUUCUAAGAAAAACAAGGGAAACAAUGCCAAGUUUGUUACCGUUAAUGAAAGCGGUACCUCGUAUUGUUUCUCCAGAACAAUACCAAAGUAUUGAUGACGAGUGGAAGACACUUCCCUUUUUUGAACUUCCGUCAGACAUAAAUAUUAAAGAAAAUGUUGAUAUUUUUUGGGCAAAAUUGGGACGUAUUGAUGAAGGAGACCAAGGGCUAACUUUCAAACACUUAUCAAAGUUUUGUCUUAAUGUAAUUUCACUUCCCCAUUCCAAUGCAGAAUGCGAACGUAUUUUUAGUACGGUAAAUCAAAUCAAAACCAAAUCUAGAAAUAAGAUGAUUAACGAAACGUUGAAUGGCUUAAUUUUGGCCAAACAAAGGGUCAAAAAUUGCGUUCAAUAUGAACCUUCAAAUGAAUAUAGUUAUAUGACGAAAUCCCGACUUUACCCAAAUAAGAAACCGAAUAAAGACGCUAAUAAGUCUAGAAAAAACAUUGCGGAUUUGUACGAGACUGAUAUUUGUAAUAUCGACAAAAUUAUAUCAAACGAUUUUGAAAUCCUAAUCGCGGAAGAUAUAAGCUAGACACAAUUGAUCUGGAUGGAUAAUUAAUCGGAUUUAACUGCUGUGAAAUGGAUUAGUCAUCAGAAGUAAUAAUCGUUAAUAGUAUGAUAUUUUCAGUUAAAAAUGAAUUAUUUUAUAAGAUGUUGAG